CCUAAUGCAGACAUUGUCUGCUUUAUGGAAGAGCUUUUCCACAGAGUUAUUAAAUACUGGGAUGUUUUCUUCCGUCUAGAGAAACCUGAUGUAAAUGAAAAGUCGAGCAAGAAGCAAGUUGCCAUUCCACAGAUCAUCAUCACCCGAGCCUCAAGAGAGACUCUGAUCAGCUACUGUUCCAUCGGAAGCAAAGAGCAGAGAACCAUGGAGGAGCAGGCUGACUGGGGCCCCUACCACUGACACAGGAGCCCCAGUACAGUAGACGCCUAUGGUCCACAGACCACAGAAGAAACAAGCACCCCAAGUCGCUGUCGUGAGCUACUGUGCUGAGUCUCAGCGAUGAUGGCAGAGGGGCCACCCUGCUCUGUGGGAAGCUGCAGCUGCCCCUUCAGUACAUGAGGUCCCCCCAGUGACAACCUUGGUCCUUGGUCUCACCUUCCCCAGAGCUGCUGGCAGCUUGGCAGGGGCAAGAGUGACUCUGGCUCAGAGGGUGGACUCUGUGGCAAUAAAUGGAUAAACUAGUAUACCUCUGUUGGAACUGGCUUGCUGUGCACAGUGAUGAACAGAUGGCAGGUGGCAUCUCUCGAUCGGCCUCUUGUGGGCAGUUAAAAUCCUUCCCAUCCACUUCUGAAGGAGCGUGUGUAAGUACACGGUGGUUAUAGUGAAGGAGGUGUCCCCCUCACUUGGAGAAAAGGGCAGACUCUGAAGACCAAACCUUAGGUGUCAUGUCCCAGAUCAGGGAAGUGCACAGUCGCCUUGGAGGGCCCAAGAGCUCCUAGCUUGACUGUAACCUGAUCCAAGGUAUUGAAAGAUCCAGAAGAAGAACGUGGAGUAGCAGCGGCCAUGGCGCUUAGAACUUUGGAAGUGGCCUUGUCAGAGCCGCCCUGGAAGAAGAGCUGAGCUGACACCUUCCCAUCCUUCUGGCUGUGGAUGAGGGCUCCCAGUGGUGAGGGGACAUUCGCGGGACCCCCACCCCAACUGUUCCACCAUCACCAGCAGCCCUCAGGUCAAGCUCGACUCUCCUCCAAGGUGGCUGGAGAGGACGCCCUGCCCUGUCAGGUCUCACGUGUCUAGUCUGGUGACAGUAUGUGUUAGCUCCUGAGUUCCUAGAAUGCUCAGCAGGCUUUACACGUGGUCUCUAUCUAUUGAUGAGCAUC